AAAUAAAAAUCAAGGAUCAAAUAAAAAUAAAGUUAGAAUCAUGAAAUCAUUGAGCAGUGUUUCUUUCCUCCUCCUCGGCACCGUCUUUUUCCACCUCUUCUCCUCCACCGCCGUUGAAGCUGCAUCCAAGGGUAAAUUAUUGCAUGGUGAAGAUAAGAGGUAUUGUGUGCCGAAACCCGAAGCCAGUGACUCUGCAUUGCAAAAGAACCUAGAUUGGGCAUGCGGUCAAGGCAUCGAUUGUAGUCCGAUUCAACCAGGUGGAAUUUGCGGUGAUCCAGCCACUGUGAGGUUUCGUGCACAAUUUGCCAUGAAUUCUUACUACCGGAAGGAAGGUAGCGUUGAUAGUGCUUGUGAUUUUAGUGGCACUGCUCAAAUCACCCAUGUCGAUCCAAGUUCUGAAAAAUGCAAAUAUGUUUGAAGGCUUAAAGGCAUUGUUGCCAAUGCAUGAGGACGUGGAGUCGAGUGUGUUGAAGCGCAUUAUCCUCUUAUUUAUGGGUUGGGAAGGGAAUAGGGGUAAUUCUAGACAUUGUGCCAACAAUUUUACUUUAUUUAUUCUAAUAUUGUUAUUGUAAUAUAUAUUUAGUUCAUGAUUUUAAA